AUGAAUUGCCCUCUGUUUCUCAUCUUCCUUCUGUGGCACUGUUUUUGGUAUACAACAGCUACGCCCCUUCAUUUCUUGCCACCACCACUGUUGGUCAUGUGCACAGAUCCUCAACAUCGAGUAUACCAAAGGCAUGACAAUGAACUUCAUCUCUCAUGUUUAUGGGAUGGGAAAAUUGACCUGAAGUAUUCAAGAAAGAGAGGACUGGCUUUGGAGAUCAAGGGUACUGCGGCUGGCAUGCAAGCCCCUCACUGUCAGUGGUACCAAGAUUCCAACUUGGUAAAGAAUACAAAUCACUGGUCAGGUCAGGUGGUAGUGGACACAGGCCUGGAUGCAGAAGACCCUCAUCCACCCUGGGUUUUUACUCAUGUUACAAUGCAGUGCAUUUCAGCCUGGUGCCAUGCACCCACAUGUGCUCAUAACAACCUGACUAUUGAGGUUUCUAGGCAAGAUGUCCGUUUUUUCCUCCUCUCACCACAAACUCUUCCCAUCCGUGAAUGGCAACCAGUGCAGCUAGGCUGGUGUACACGCCUGAAAAGUUCUACCUGGAGCUACCGCUUCAAAAGCCCAGGAGGUAGUCCUGCAGACUUCCUCAUUCCCAGCAACCACCACAAUGAGCUACUCAUAUCAGCUCUUGAUCCCUAUGCAGAAUUGCACCAAAUAUGUGUGUCAUAUUAUAAGUACCAUGUAACAGUGCGCUACCCUCACCGUGGGUUAUACACUGCUUCACUCCAGAAUGAAAAUGGGCCUCAACUCAGGUGUAGUCUCAACUUGUAUGUGCAGCCUGCUCUGCUCCAUGUUUUCAGUGCCUCUUCCACAAUGCUCAGCCUCUCACACAGGACUCUCAACCUUUCUUGGACUCUCCAACCUCUCAGCCCCAGAAUAAUGGCUUACUCAUUAAUAGAUGUGCAAGGACGAGGGAAAUGGUUUCCUUACUACAAUUAUAACCCUUUUGCUCAACAAAGUGAUUUCUGUUCUGCUCCCAAAUUGCAGAAUUCUAGGGACAAAGUGAUGGCCAGCAUCUAUUUCCGUACUAGUGAGAAAAUAUCUGGACAACUAAAGGGAGAAAUUUAUUUUUUUAAUCAGACUGUGAUUUUCAAAACAAAUAACGCAAUCCCAACUUACCUCACACUCAACCCACAAAAAACUAAAGCAGGCACUUACAUUUUUAGUCAUGCACUGGGACUAUACUAUUCUUUCCAAGAAAACAAGACUACCAAUGCUACUGGUGAGAGCUCUAGCUAUCACUAUAUUUUUUAUGAGCAGCAGAGCCUCUCAUACCUGCUCAUCAUUGAAUUUAUGCAGCUACAAUGGUACCGGUUCAGUAUGCACUUGUAUCUGAACCGAAGGGAGACUCUGUUCAAGGCUUUAGGGGAAAAAGAUAUGGAAGUUCAGAUUUUCAAUGGGCGUUCUACUGAAGAAAAUUUGGUCUAUAUUUUAUGGUUUAUUCCUAUACAACACCCACAGCAGCAGUGUGAAUGGGUCUUUGAUUUGAAGAUUUUUGAUUCCAGGAAGAAGCACCUCCUUUGGAACAGCACUUACACAUAUGAAAAUCGUGUAAAAAAUGCUGCUCAUCUUCUUCCUAACUCUGUAUCAUCCUUCAAGGCUUCCCUAUAUGCAGGUUUUGUAGCAGAAGUGAAUUGUAGAAAAAAUGGACUCGCACAAGCUGUUCUAAAAGCCACAGUCAAUACUUACUAUUCAAAAAUUAUGGAGCCAACUGUGGCCUGUCAAAAAAGUUACUGUUAUGAACUGAAAGCUGUAAUCCAUAAACCAGAUCUUUUUGAGCCUGUCAUACGGUACAAGAGAAGGUCAACAAUUAGCUUGCAAGCAACUGCAAAAGCAGAAUGCAGAACACAUUCAGUCACACAUGUACUCUGGAAAAUCUAUACCCUUAAAACUGCAUUGUCGAUUCCUGACUGGGCAAAUCCUCUUAAGCUACCUAAUGAAAUAGAGACAGAUAGAGUAAUGUUUUACAUACCUGGAAAUGUCUUGUAUUAUGGCUUUCAUUAUGUUAAUGUGACCGUAACAGUUUUUCUACCGGCAUAUAAUAUAAACAUCACUGAAUCGGAUUCAGUAUUACUCCAGAUUCUAGAAAGUGAUUUAGUGGCAAACAUAAUUGGAGGAUUGUUCCGGACAGUUGGUGUUUCUGAUCGUUGGGCUUUAGAUGGCUCCACAUCCUCUGAUCCCGAUUCUCACAAUCCCCUUGAAGGAAUCACAUUUAACUGGUACUGUUCAAAACGGGAACUGGAUUAUUCAACAAUGAAGCUGAGUCCUGGUGAAAAAUGCCACUCAGCGCAAGUUGAUUUAAACUGGUCUUCUUCCACUGAUCCAGUUCAAAGGGUGGAGCCCAACACACUGCAGGAAAAUACAAAAUAUUAUUUUAUCCUAAUAAUUCUGAAGCAGAACAGAUCAGCACACACCCCCCAAACAGUGCAUGUGCUUCCUGGUUCUGUACCUAUGGUGAACAUCAUCUGUUUUGAAAAUUGUGCAAAAGCCAUUAAAGUAACAGAACAUUUUGUUCUGUCCGCAAGGUGUCUAAAUUGUGAAAAAACUCAAACAAUUUACCUUUGGACACUUCUUUCAGCAAACUCCAAAGAAAUACAGUUUGACUGGGCUUCUAAAACUACAACUGGGAGGUCAAAUCCGUACAUAAAUAUAAAUCCAUUAGCAUUCAGAUAUAUGGCAGACACAUUCUAUACUCUUAGCCUGAAAGUAAAUUCACAGGGAAGAUCCUCAGGUGUUUGUACAUACUCCUUCUAUGUAAACGCUCCACCUCAGCCUGGUAAGUGCAACAUUUAUCCGAAGGAAGGCACAGCUUUCCUUACAAAAUUUGUUAUCCAGUGCACUGGCUUUGAAGACAAAAAUGGGCCUCUUACAUAUAAAGUGAUAGCACGUUCUGACUUAACAAAAAUGACCAACAUAUCUUCUCUACAGAAUAAUACAUUUGGAACAAUAGUCUACACUGGUUAUCAUCACAAAACUCCCCCAUCGUUUCUACCAAGUGGCACACCAUCUAAAAAAUAUGUGUUGGACAUAUAUAUCCAAGUGUAUGAUGCCUAUGGAGUAUUUUCUCAAUUAACUCUUCAGGCAACUGUACAUGAUCCAACAAGAAGUAUGCCAACUGAUAUUCUUCUUAAUAAACUACAUGGUUUAAUCAGUAGGAUAAAUUCUUACAUUCAAAUGAAAGAUUACAUUAAUAUAGGUUUCCAUAUAUAUAUCAUGUCCUCUGUGUUAAAUGAUAUUGAAGCUUCGCCACUUACAUAUGACUCAAAAAAUGAUUUAUGGGAAAUCCUCUUUAAUGUAUCUUCAGGGAUUCCUAUGACUGAAGUAGGGAUAAUAAACCAAAUUGUCUCAAUUAUUUGUCAGAUAACACAGGAUGUUAAUAAACUUAGCAGGAAAUUACAAUUGCUUGCAGUCAGAAAACUAAAAGAAGCCAGUGAAGCUCUAAAAAGGCACAGGGACAAAGACCUAGGGUCCAAGGAAGCAGAGGUAAUUGGCAAUGGUAUAUUUACUGGAUUAUCCAAUGUGUUGAGAGCUUCCCUCUUGAAUCGUGGGAAUGUCAAUAGAAAUGCAAUUAAAGAAACAAUUCAGGUGACAGAAAUAGUAGCAGACUUGGUUUUACAAGGAAAAGUCCCUGGGGAACAUGAAACUAGCGUGGAAGCCAAAGAUUGGUCCAUUCACUUACAGAAAAAUGAAAAGUGGAAAAUUUUUAACAUUUCAUCUCAGAUAUUAGAUUGCAGAAAUUGUUUUUAUCCUAAACUGAAACAGGAGAAUCACACUGAACUACCGGUUGAUGCUGUGGUUUCAACUGUCCGUUAUAUAUUUGAUGAGAAUCCCUUCCCCUGGUUGGCAAAUUCAGUAGAUAUUCGCACAGUAGUGACUGGGUUCAAAAUGGUAGGAACAAAAGCCAGUGGUGACACUGGAGGGAUCAACCCUGAGGUAGUAGAGGUGAUUAUGGCUAGAAAAGACAAGAAAUCUGCUGUAUUUAAUUUGACAAUAGGACCUGAUAAAAAACUCUACAAAACAACUGGUGGCUUCAAUACUGAAAUAAAGACAAAUUCAAAACACAUUUUUAUCCAGAUUUUAUGUGACAUGACGGUUACUUUCACUGUAUCUAUCUAUCUGGGACUCAAUGUCAGCCAUGUACCAGUAGCAUCUUACAUUGCCUUCCCUGACAAAGAUCCAAUACCACACCAAAUGGAUUCUGGCAUCACUGACUGUCCAGUUAAGGCACCAUAUAUACUUUGUCUUCCUCAGUCACUACUUGGCACUUCAUCACAAAGCAACAGAGGAAACAAGUGGAACAUUUCAGUUGUAAUACAAUCAGACCCAAUUGUGAGACGUCAAACCACAAAAGUUGUUCGCAUUGCUGUUUUUACAGCAGAGUGCCUAGAUCUGAAUGGCAUUCAGAACCAGUGGGAAGAAGGAACGUGCAGUCUUGGCCCUUAUACCAGUCGGUCCAAAAUACAUUGCAUCUGUGAAGCAAAAAAGCAUAAUACAGCAACCACCAGCAGCCGUCAAUUGUUAGUUGAUUCUGAUGAUCACAUCAGAUUUUUUGCUGGCAAAUUUGUAUUAUACCCCAAUCCUUUGGAUAUUAACAAGGUUCUUUUAGCAGAAUUUGACGCAAAUCCAGUUCCACUGUUUACUGUAUUUUCCAUAUUUGCAGGCUACAUCUUCUGCACUACCUGGGCUAUGAUCAAAGAUAAAGCUGAUCUAAAAAGGAAAAACAAAAUACUAGUCUUGCCAGAUAAUGAUCCCUACCACAAAGUGCGUUAUCUGGUCACCACAUAUACAGGUAGUCGGUUAGGAUCAGGAACCACAGCAGACGUUUUCCUUCAAUUGAUAGGUCAGAAUGGUGUCAGUGAUAUACAUCACAUAAAGCACCCACAGUUUCCAACCUUUUCCCGUGCAUCUGUUGACACCUUUCUUCUAACUACUAAGUAUGAUUUAGGGGACAUUUUGUCCCUUCAUGUCUGGCACAAUAAUAGUGGUUCUUCCCCUAACUGGUACUUAAGCCGAGUCAAAGUAUAUAAUGUGCAAACUAAACAAUCUUGGCUGUUUAUAUGUAGAAACUGGUUAGGUCUUGGGAAGGCUGAUGGUAAAAUACAAAGGUCAUUUGUUGCUCAGUCCCAAAAAUCAGUCUUAAAUAAAAUGGAUUACUUCUUGAUAAGUCUUGCCAGAGAUUUGGAAGAGACCCAUAUAUGGCUCUCAGUAUUUUCUCAGGUUGCUACGGGUUCUUUCACCAGGGUGCAGAGAGUAUCUUGUUGCUUGGUAAUAAUGCUUACUACUCUCCUGUUUAAUAUCAUGUUCUUUAGUGGUGAAGAGGAAAAGGAGCUUAUAUCUGUAAGGCACAGGUAUCUGAAAUCUAUCUAUAUUGGAUUUGUGAGUGCUUUGUUUUCUAUUCCUGUACAAUUAACUAUAACAUUAUUAUUUAAAUACUCAAAAGAGAAGCCUUCAGUAAGUACCAGACGUGACAGUGGGCUAAAAACUCUCUCCUCUUUGUCUGAAAACUUUAUGAAUGAGGACAGUUCAUCAGAUCCUGAAACUUCAAGUACAAAAGCUCAGCAUGUACAAUUUUCAAACAAUGCUAACAAUAAUGAUGUAACAGAGAAGGACACAGGAACUACUACUGCAGAAGAAACAGUGCAUACAGAGUUUCUAUUCUUUUUUGAAACACCACAGUUUUCAUGGUGGUGGAAAUAUGUCGCUUGGGCACUGGUCUUUAUAAUAUCUGGGAUCUCUGCAUGUCUUAUUAUAUUAUAUGGUUUGACCUAUGGCUAUACAACUUCAAUGGAAUGGUUUAUAGCAUCCAUGACAUCUUUUUUUGAGAGUGUUUUUUUACUGCAAACUCUAAAGAUGGGUCUUAUCUCAGCAAUUAGUACUAUUACUCUCAAAUACUGUGAGAACAUCCCCUGGAAAAAAACUGAACAAUACCAGCAGAUGAAGCUGGUCCAAAUAAGGGUGGAUGAGAGAGACAAGAAAAAGAUUCAUAAUGAACUUGUCAGAGUGAGACGCACCAAGGCAUAUGAGCCAUUAAUAGAGGAUGAAGUUAUUGUCUUGAGGAAAAAAGUAAGAGCUCAACAUCUAGCCUUUGUUUUUGUAAAGGAUAUAAUCUGCCACCUUCUUUUUUCAUCCUGUAUUUUAGCAAUUGCUUAUUCCACAGAGCCCACCAAUAGCUUUUAUUACAAUAAAGCUAUAUAUAACAAAUUUUCUCCUGGCCUGUCAAAAAUAAAUAAGCUGGAACAUAUUUACAUAUGGAUGAGCAAUGUCUUUGUGCCAUUGAUACAUAAUGACUACCAACCAACCUAUCUUUCAGAAUCUUGGUCCAAAAUACUUGGUUUGCCCAGAAUGAGGCAAGUAAGGGCACAGAAUAUUGAAAAGGCGUGCUUCCCUGCACAUAACUUUGCAAAUACUUAUAUGAUUAGUAAAAGCCACUGCCGUCCUAAUUAUAAUACUGAUCCAGAAGAUCAAAGUGACUAUCUUGGGUCAUGGGACGUCCCAACCAAUCGGUCAAUUUCAAAUAACUCCAACGAUUUCCAAGGAUUUACAUACCAGUCCGACAUUGAUCAGUGGGAAUAUAAGUCAUAUGGUGUUUUCAAUGCAUAUGGACCUGGGGGAUACUCUUUUUACUUCUUUCCACGAGAACAACGACCCAAUACAACACUGAGACUGAAUAAUUUGCAAAGGAACAGCUGGCUUGAUGAGCGGACCUGGGCAGUGAUUUUUGAGUUAACAACAUUUAAUCCAGAUGUAGAUCUAUAUUGUAGCAUUACAGUCAUGUUCGAGACUACUGAUAUGGGUGUUGUUAAUGCAAGCUUAUCUGUUCAUUCUUAUAAACUCUCUGUUUUUCACUAUGAAAGCAACUCUCAGUUGGUUGUAUAUGGAAUUAUAGUAUAUAUUCUUGUUUUUUACCUUGCUGAUGAAUUUCACAUGUUACGUCAACAAAGGAUAGGUUAUCUAAAAACAGCAACUAACUUAAAUAAUUUUGCAAUAAAAACAAUAUGUAUGUUUUUUAUAUUAUUAAUUGCACUGAAAUUUAAGCUAGCUUUUACUUUGUUAGAGUUUCAUUUGCUUAACCCAGAAGAAUUUGUUCCUUUCCAUGUAGUUUCUCAAAUUGAUCAGCUCUAUAGGAUGGUUACAGGUGUUUUAGCGUUUCUUCUGGUUUUAAAACCAUACCGCUAUUUCAGAUUUUUGUACAAAAUGCGCUUGGCAGAAAAAACUUUGUCAGCCGCCUUUCCUGGGUUUGUUUAUAUGACAAUGUUUACAGCUAUGUUGUUUUUUACAUACAUGUCAUUUGGUUAUCUUAUAUUUGGUGAAAAUGAGUGGAAUUAUAAUUCUUUAAUUCAUUCUCUCCAGACUAUAGUUUCAUACUGCUCUUUUGGACUUAAAAAGACUGGUAUCAUUACAUCUGAUAAUUGGCUGGGAAUAUUUUUCCGAGCAUCAUUUAUGUUUAUAAUAUUAUUUAUUUUUCUCAAUUUCUGGAAAGCCCUAAUAAUCACUACUUAUACAUCAAUGAAACAACCUGUCUAUGAACAACAUUCUGAUGAAGCUGAAGCAAUAAACUUUGUGGUUUGGAAGAUUCGGCGUACGUGGCUUUCCAUCACCCAGCCAGCAUCAUCUGCAAGUGACAGUGAUGUUGCCAACACUGUAAUAUUUGGAAAGCCUACAAUCACGGCUGAUAACCAGCGAGGACUGAGAACGACACAAGUAAAUGGCAAGGAAAUGGUUUAUCUUUCUGUUUGA